AUGGAACCGGCUUUCAGAAAAGCAGCGUCAAGCGCUUGCGGACAAUGUUCUGUAAUACUGAGGAGGCAAUUGAUUGCCAACGGAGUUCCCAGAAUCGCCCCUCGCAUCGCAUCAGCCCACUCGACCCGAAGCCUCCAUUCCACCAUUUCCAGAACAUCAAAGGUCAACAAUGCGCCCACAAGACAGUUCUCCUCGUCCCCGAAAGCUUCAAGCGAGGCGGCUGCUGCCAAACCCAUUGAAAACGAAACGUCGACCCCAAAACUCCGACCGGAUGAUCUAUUCCACUCUUUUACGAACUCGCCCAUCCCAGAGAUCCGACGCCGUGCGGCUUUCAUGCGCCAGCAUGCCUACUGUUCUCACCCCGAUCACCGCGCGACAAGAGUCCCGACUGUGGCACCCCACGGAGAGGAGAAACAAUCGCAAACGGGGCAGCUUGCGCCGGCGCAUGUCGAUUUUGAGUGCCCCGAUUGCGGAGUCCCCGUUGCCUGCAGCAAGGAGCACUGGAUGGACGACUACGAGGCUCACCUUGAGAUUUGCGAUACUUUAAGGGAGAUCAACGAGGACGACCAUGACUUACGAUCCGGCCGGGCAUUCCCGGAGUUCGUCAUGGUGGAUGAUCAGAUGCCAGAGGCAGUCGUGAACAUGACGAACUGGGACACCUUCAUGUACAGCCGCGAAUUUGAGGCUGUCAAUGAUGAGCGCAGCAUGCGGCAGGUCACGAAGAUGCUCACUUACCCUAUCACCAUCGGUAGUGUUCUGCAUGAGUUGAGCCCUUACAGCGUCAAGCAAGGGGAGAGGUUGACGAGCGAGGGUUUGAAGAGUUUGAGUGCUUUGCGGUACACCCUUCAUCCUCCACUUUCUGGGAAGGGCACUAGUAUGAAGGAACUCCGUCCCGAGGCACCUCCCGUGAGAGUCUUUUGCUUGGGAGCCCGUGCCGAAUCAUCGCUGCCCAGAAACGUCUGGAUUCAGCUUGCUCAUCUCUUCCCAGAGAGCAAGAUUCACCUGAUCUUUAUCGGUCCUGAAAGUAUGGCUAACCGGGACGACGAGUUCCCCCUGCCGCCGCGGACACCUGAGAACCCGUUUGGUAUGGUAAUUGAAGACCGGAUAUCGCACAAGAUGAAGAUCAGUACCAUCGUGGAUUACUACCACACCAUUCACAAGACCGGCUACUUUGCGCCUUAUGACCCUUACUUUGACUGCUUCUGUCUCUUCCAUCCUGGUCUGGGCCAUCCGGCGAGCAGUCACGAAUGGACCGAGACCCUGCCUAUGCUUCUGGAGACCAAGGUUCCGAUCAUUGCUACAGGUUACACCCAGUUCGAUAUGGAGAGAGAUAUCGAAUGGGUCCGAAAGACCGCUGCCGGGGAGUUCGACGUCCUCUUGGAGCCUGGCGAAAACCUCUUCCGGAGCUUGAGGUGGGACCUGAAUGACUUGGAUCCCCAGGAUGUCAGCUGUGGAAACUGGGGAGUGUGGGCGUUCCGCGGAAAGAGAUAUGAGACGACCAAGAAGGAUGAGGAGUAG